AUGGUGGAUGCGUUCGUACUCGACCGGCUGCGUGAGAUGCGCAAGGUGCACGACGAGCUCGGCGCGCAGCUGGAGGACCCGGCGGUCCAGGCCAACGUCGAGGAGAUGCUGCGCGUCUCACGCGAGCGCUCCAAGCUCGACAGCACGGUGGAGGCGCUCGCCGAGUGGGAGAGCCUCGAGCAGCGGCUGGAGGAGGGCAAGGAGCUGUUCAACGAGGAGGACGCGGAGCUGCGCGAGAUGGCGCGCGCCGAGAUCCGCGAGGUGGAGGAGGCGAUGGAGGCGCUCGACGGCCGACUCAAGCUGCUGCUGCUGCCGACCGGCGCGCGCGGCGGAGACGGAUCAGCCACUUUAGUCCCUCCUCACUAUCGAUGCUCAUGCUCUCCUCUCACAUCUCCCCAUAUCUCCCCACACCUCCCCCACACCUCCCCCACACCUCCCCCACACCUCCCCCACACCUCCCCCACACCUCCCCCACACCUCCCCCACACCUCCCCCACAUCUCCCCCGCAGGUGGACGAGGUUGCCGUCGAGAUCAAGCCCGGCGACAUCGAGAUGCACGCGGCUCGCUCGGGCGGCGCGGGCGGGCAAAACGUCAACAAGGUCGAGACGGCGAUCGACCUGACGCACAAGCCGACCGGCAUCCGCCUCUUCGAGCGGUCGCAGCUCAAAAACAAGGAGCUGGCGCUGCAGAUGCUGCGCGCAAAGCUGUACCAGAUGCAGGUGGAGGAGCAGCAGGCCGCUGUCGCCUCGCAGCGCAAGAUGCAGGUCGGCACGGGCUCUCGCUCCGAGAAGAUCCGAACAUACAACUACAAGGACCCGCGCUGCACACCGACCACCGCGCAAAAAAGAUGCUCGCCCGUGAUCAUAAUGUCAAUAUCAGGCGUGCUCACCGGCCAGAUCGAGCCCAUCAUCCAGCAGUGCAUCGCCCUCGACGAGCAGGAGCACUGA